UCGCGUUGAGAGAGAGAGAGAGAAGAGAGAGAAAGAGGAGAGAGAAAGGAGAGAGAGAUGGAUCCAGACGCGUUGGCAAAGGCAUUUGUGGAGCACUACUACAGCACCUUCGACGGCAACCGUGCCGGACUGGCGAAUCUCUACCAGGAAGGUUCCAUGCUGACCUUCGAGGGUCAGAAGAUCCAAGGCUCCACCAACAUCGUCGCCAAGCUCACCUCCCUUCCCUUCCAGCAGUGCCUCCACUCCAUCUCCACCGUUGACUGCCAGCCCUCCGGCGUCAACAACGGCAUGCUCGUCUUCGUCAGCGGUAAUCUCCAACUCGCCGGCGAGCAGCACGCCCUCAAGUUCAGCCAGAUGUUCCAUUUGAUACCAACACCGCAAGGAAGCUAUUACGUAUUGAAUGAUGUCUUCCGUCUGAAUUAUGCUUGAAGAUAGACCAUGGAAUAUAUGAUCUGAAAGGCCAUAGAAGAAGUUUGCCUGUAACUGUUUCAGAUUGGUCAAUUAAAAUUUGAAAUUGAAAAUGGUUUUUUUUGGUUGGUUGUGUUGAACGCUUAGUUGUGCCUGUUGACUGUUGUGUUUAGAAUUUCCUAUUGUGAUUGGUCUGAAAAUGCUGUCAAGUAUCAUUUGUCAUUUGUCAAAUAUUACCGGGUCGCGGAGGUUUAAAACUUGAAUAUAUUUCUGAUGGAGAUAUGGAGCCCAAACAUCUCUAUCAAGUUUUACCUCUUAGCAAAUUGGUUUAUGCAUCUUGUCUUCAUGUUUUCUUUGCAUUUGCUUGCCUAAUGAAGGUUUGUUUUUGUCA